AUGCUACGACUCCAUGUUAGAUUGAGGAAGGAAGGCCAAGAGAACGAAGCAGAGACGAUCCUGGUCCCAGUAAAGCCGACAAAGAGGGUGCGUAACUUCAAGGAGGAUGUGGAGCUCCGAGCCAGAAAGCUAGAAGGCUUUGAGGGCUGCCAGGUGAUCCACUUGCGGGAUGGAUCAAGAGCGCACGCUUUGAUGGAUGAUGAUGACCUUGUGUCAGAUGUGGUGGAGAACGGAGAUACAGUCUUUGCAGAUGUAGCUUGUGUUCCGGGUGCGGGAGGCUCAAAAGACAGUGAGACGGCACCCGAGCCGGAGAAAUUUCAUGACGGUACAGAGGGCUCAGUGUCCGAGACCACUGGAACCACCGAUGGGUUCGAGGCAGAGCCAGCCGCUGAGGAGGCAGGAUAUGGUUUCAUUCGCUACCAGACCCUGGAGAGAGUUGCUCAAGGCUUGCAGCCCCAGGCCCUGGAGGUUUCUGUUGCGACGAGCACCUGGGAGCUGGCGAAGCAGAUCGCACAGGCUGAGGGCAUCGAGUACGAGCCCAUUGAAGAAGACGCGGCGCCUGUGGCCUCUUUCGCAGACCGUGGCCGUUGCAUGUGCUCAGAGGCGGCGGCACGCGUUAAGCUUUGGGGCUACGACGCAGCUCUGAAGAUUGAUGCUGCAGCCUUCUCGCAGUCCUGGCAUCCGCAGCGCUGGGCAGCUGAGCUUGCCAAGGCCGACAUCUGCUCUAUUUGCCUGUCGGGCUUGGGUGACGGAAGUGCCGAGAGCUCCGAGGGUCGAUCCCCAGACCUCGUCGUGGGCAACCGCCUUUGUCAUCACUUCUUCCAUGCCGAGUGCCUGCUGAAGUCCUUUGUGGAUGGCAGGGUUCUGCAGUGCCCAUGCUGCCGCGGGGAAUGGCUUUACCUGGAGGAAGAGCAGGCAGAGAAGGGAGGCAUACGGGAGGAUGGCAAUGUCCUGGUUCUCGUACCAGACCUGAACACUGGCUUUCGGGAGGCCAGCGUGGCGGCAGGAGGUUCUACAGUCGAAGAGCUGAAGAGGGAGGUGUUCAGCAUGUUAGGCCUCGACUGCCAGAACUAUGUCGCGUGCAGCCGCGGCGUUGUUCAAGAUGAUCAGUCCAUGGUUGUGACGGCACAGCCGGCCGUGUACUCGCUUUGUGAUUGCGGCGCGCAUGUCUGGACCAUCAUGCUCACCUGCGAGUGCCACGACCAGGAUCACAACCUGCAGUGGAAGCAGAAGAUGCAAAGCACUGACAGCAUAAGCCAGGUCAAGCAAGCCUUGCAUCGUGCUUGGCGGACCCUCUGGAUCCAGCCUUCAAAGAUGCGGAUCCAGAGCAUGGCAGGCCUUCCCUAUCAUGACAGUGCCCGGGUGGGAGACCUGUGCUCCGGUGUGAAGGUGGAAGCCUCAGUGGCGGUGAUUCUGGUAGACGAGAGCUUCGUGGCCUUGGAUUUCUUUGUCGCGUCCCAGCGGCUGGCAGCCCCAACAGCGAGGCACAAAAGGGCAUACCCCCGCGUAUAG